AUGCAGACUCAGGACAUCCGCCUUCGGCUGGUGAUCCGUCGCCACGGACUCCCAGAGGUCAAGCUUGUCUGGCCGUGUUCCUGCUCGGAGGACUUCACCGUCGCAAAGCUUCUGGAGCAGGUCAACGAGGUCGUGCCUCUCGAGAGCGGCGAAUGGGGUCUCGAAGACUAUGCUGUCGAGCUUGCGGAUGGAAAGGGCGGCAGCUUUGAGUGCCUGCAUUUCCAGCAAGUCGGUCGGAUUCUGAAGGACGAAGACCAAGUCCUUAUUCGAUCUCUGCUCACUGGAGACCUCAAGCGACGCCGACUCAGCGGGCGACAUCAGAUCUCCGACGACGGUCGGCAUCUCGUUGAUGGCAUCGCUUUUGGCAGGUCGUGGAUUAGAGCUCCACAUGAUCGCCCUCACGUCGAGCUCCCCCCUCGGAAGCGCAUUCGGGUCAACUACGAUGACGAUGACGAAGAAGACGAUGACGAAGAAGACGAAGACGAAGAAGCUGAAGAAGAGCAAGAGCCGUUUCUCAUCGGCGCCCCCCGUUCAUCCCGAGAUGAUAAGUCUAAGAAUACUCGCAGCAAGAAUCCAUGGGAAGGAUCACUUGCCGCCCAGCUCUACGAACAAUACCUCAAUGAGAGCUCGGCCUCUAGCUCACCAUCGGAAGAGGACGAUAUGGAAGACGACAUCGACGACGACGAAGACGAGAUGGAGGACUAUACCGAUGAAGAAGACGAGAAUGAGGGCGAAGAUGACGAUCUAGAAAGGGAGCUGCAGCUCCUUAGGGAGGAAGCUGCCGCCGACGUCAACAGCUACGCACACGGAUACUCCGACUUGUCUGGGGACGAGAUGCGUGACACCGUAACAAGAGGCUACUCUAGAAAUUCCAGCCCAAACCUGGUGCUAAACUCCGCGAGCGAAGGUCCAGACACUCCAAGCCUGUACAGUGGAAUGUUCAGCACUUCAUUUGCCCCGUCAAGCGCGCAAGGAUAUGCUGCUGUGCCUGUGGAAGUUCUUACUACCGUCUUUCAGACAGCGUUCCCGGAGCUGCAUGGCGACAUUAGGACGGCGCUGAAGCGAACAAACAAGGAUCUCCGGAAAGCAUACAUGUCUCUCUCCAUGCUGUGCGAACCAUCGCUUACUUUCGAACAAAUGUUGGACGGUGCCUCUAUCAUUCUCGCCCCUUUUACACGCCGUGGUGGUAGUUCUCACGUCUCCAGGCCGAUCGUGGAAGAUGAACCGUCCCAAACCCCCCUGGUGCAUCUCAAGGGUGGGACUAGAAAGCGGCUCAUAGAGGAGAUCGAGGACAAUGACGAAGUCGGUGACUCUCCGGAGACUUCUACAAAUGGUGUCUCGAUAUUCGUUUCUAAGUUGAACCAGAGCCAGCAUGCAAGCAGCAACAAGAUUGCAGGAGCCUUUGUCGACGAGGUGGAAUACACAGAGAACGAAGAUGGUGCAGAGGAUGAGGGUUCAUCAGAUUCUGAGAGCGACUCCAGCGACUCCAGCGACGAAUCCGUAGACAGUGGAUCGCCGAGCGAAGAAGAAAGUCGCCAGAUGCGCGAUCCACCCGCAACCUUGCCAAAUGACAACGGAUCAAGCGAUCUCGACGAAGCAUCAUCUGAUAACGAUAGCGACAGUAGCGUCGACGUCAGCGCCCAAGGCACUGCCGAACUUGCAGGAAACGACGAAGUGGAGAGCUCGUCAAGCUCUUCCGAUGCGAGUAGCAGUGGGCCAAGUGAUUCUGAUUCAGACUCCGAUUCGGACUCUACAUCUGAAGAAUCAGAGUCUGCGUCCGAGUCGGAAUCUGAGUCGGAAUCAGGGUCAGAAUCAGAAUCUGCAUCGGAAGUGGAGGAGAUGUCAUCAAAGCGGCCACAACCGUCGGCAGUGGGACAAGCCGCUACUGCGGCUGCGCUUCCACUUCAUGUUCAGGCACCUCAAGUCGAGUCAUCCAGCAUCCAGAGUCCUGAUAAGCCGCCGACCACCGGCCUCACUCGUACGCAGAAAAGGAAUGCGAGAAGGAGACGCAUCAAAGCCUUGAAGGAUCUACACUCCAAUCAGCCCGAAUUGACGAACGGCACUGAGGGAGACGUUACGAGCGAAGAUUUUCUAGCGCGAAAGAAAGCUCUCCUGGCUGCGAUUAUCGACGAACCCCGCGAGGGCGAUACGAUGAACGAUGAAGCCCCGUUGCGAGAUGUUUCCCUGCCUGAUAAAGCUGGAGAGUCGGACAUGACUGCUCCGGAUGCAGACCAAAUCGGAACACCAGACCCGCAAGACACGCCGGCAAAGCGUCACAGCCGCAUUGACUUGGGCGCUGGCCGACGGCUUGUGUUCGGCGCAUUGGGCUUGAAGCCGCCGGCCAACAAGUCAGACGAGCAGAAGAUUCGCGACACGCUGAUGAAGGACGUUCGACCACUAGUUAAUCCACGAACUUUACCGAGCAACGGGGGCGAUGGUGCCAAUGAACCCACCUCUAAUGUCGAUGAGAAAGAGGAUGAGGAUGAGGAUGCCUGGAGAGAAAAGAUCAACUACAGGGCUGUAGAAUGUUGCCACGAGGAUAUGAUUCUCAGCGAACCUCCCUUUCCCUUUGUCCAGCGAUGGGAUCCCCAGCAAAGGCGCGACGUCAUCCGCAAACGCAAGCGCGCGUCCGAGAACUACGAGGCUGACGAUUCUUACCAUGACUCGACAUACUACUACGAUGAACAGCCUGAGGACGACCAGUCUGCCCCAGAGACCAGGAAGCGGAGCAAAACCAACAAGGGAAAAUCUGUAAGCCUGCAGACUGGCAGUGCAAUUCAGGACGAAGAAGAUGUGACACUCAACUAUGACGAGGCGCCUGUCAAGAGUAGCCAGUUCACGGAUGUGGAUGACCUUCCGUCCCUCCCCAAAGACAUCAAGUCACUCCCACCCCUAGCACCUGGAACUGCUAAGCCCGGCAUGGUCAUUACCUGGAACCAACUAGUCAUGUCCAAGGCUACGAACUGGCAGCCGGAAGUCUUACCGCUGACUGGCCUAGUCGUCCCGGGAGGUGAAGAGGGCGAGGUCCACGUCAUUCUGGCAAGGCGAGAUCGUGACGAUUACGAGAAGACCUACGAUGAGGUGACCGGAGAGCGAGUGUACGGCAAGUUUGAGGUGCCCGAUCUGGAUGAAGAUGAUCAGGAAGAAGACACCGGUUUCAGGUCUCUCAAGUGGACAGAGAUGAUGGAGCCUCGCCUUUUGCAACAGGCACCCGCCGAUGUGAUGGCUAAGACGACCGUGGGCGCAACAGAGGCCACUGAGGCGGACGAGACGACCUUGUCAGGUCAAGACCAGUCAGGCCAACGGCUGCCAAGGCUGGAUGCGUCCAUGUCCGAGGUACAUAUCAGCUCGGCCAGCAAUAGCUUCGAACAUGUUGGACAUGCGCACAGCAAGCCAGACGCUCGAUCGGAACACGUGUUGACUGCUACGUCCGACUUUCAGAAAGCACACUCCCCAAGGCUAAACCAUUGGGUUGCAUGUGACGACGGACCAGCUGCUGACAAAGAGGCAGAACUAGGGCCCGUCCUAGCGGAUGCCAUGGUGGAAUCAGGUUCAAGCACACUCGCGUCAAACAGGUUGGAGCAGGCAUCUGUAGAGAUGGAGGUUGAGGAUGGAGGCUGCAAAGAAGACGGCGGAGAACGACACUCGACGCAUAGCGACAUUGACACAUCGAUUCCGAAGCCCUCAGACACGGUUAUUACCUCUUCGCAUUUCAGCGUUCCGAGUGGGCGACAACCGCAGACCAGCUACUCCAUCCAUGACGGUCUGCAAGACGAAACGGUCAUUCCUGAAACUCUGCCGCAACCACGCGAGACCACACCGAUACAGAGCCACUCGAGGUCACAGACGUCGCCGUCGAGCCAUGCAAGCAGCAGUCCAUUUCCAUCCCUGGAACAGAUAUUCAUGUCGGCCCAACCCACCCAAAGCUCUGGACGGAAAAUCGAGUCACCUUUAAUGUCAGCAAGCCAAUCGGUCCUUGCGCGGGAUGCGGAAUACGAAGAAGCCAUGCGCAAGCUAGAUGAGGGACAUGAGUCUGAUGUUGCACCCGAAAUCAAGAAGCAAGAAGAAGACACUGCGGUGGAGAGAAAGCUUUUUCCAAACGCGACGCAGCCCCCAUCCCGUAUAGAAGCUUUGGACGAGGACGUUGCUCUGCCGCAAUUGCCUCUUUCUCAAGCCGACAAAGGCAAGCGUGGCAAGCAGCCGUUUGCCAUUCCGGCCGGAAGCCAGAUCAUUGUUCUGAGCUCCAGCUCACCCUCUGGUAGCGGGGUGCCUGAUGAGGGUCAUGAAUCUAUGGAACAUGAGGAAGCAAGAGUGGCGCCAACGGGAGGUUCGCUACCCACUGGCCCUGGAUGGGUCAGGAAGGGAAAUCGACAUGAAAGGCAGGUGUCGAACACGGAGAAAGCGGAUGCCACAACGGCGUCACCGAGAAGCGGGCGAAGGGGGCGUCGCGAAAAGGAGACUCUGUCGAUGGCGCCGCUUGUGAGCCCUCUGAAGAAGUAUAAAGGGCGACGUGGCGGCUCUUCCAUGUGGCAGUAA